UAUAUUUUAUCUUAGGUACAGACUUACAGUGCCUGCAUUCAAAUAUCAAAUUAUAUUUAAUAUUUUUGUUAUAUGUUUAAAUACAUCAACAGCCUAUCUGGUAUAUAAUUUUGAGUUAUCGCCUACCUGUAACACAGAACUCUGUUUUCACAUACUGGUACUGAUAUAAGAACUAGUUUGAACAAUGAGUUUUGCUGACGAUAUCAGUCAUAAAAUCUUUGUGGGGAGCAUUGAUUUUAAGGCAACUGAAAAAGAUGUGGAAGAAGCAUUCUCACACAUCGGGGAAAUAGAACAUAUAGUUCUACUUAAAGAUAAAGAAACACAGAAGUCCAGAGGGUUUGGAUUCAUAACAUUUAAAGACAAGAACUCUGUUGAAUUAGCCAUCAGUUCCAUGAACCAUAAAAUAAUAAUGGGCCGGCCAAUUGUUGUGAAUUACGCUGAAAAGAAGUCCGGUAACAGUGCACCAAUGCAGGAUAAAUUUGGCGGACAACAGCAGAAUGCAGGGGGUUAUUCUGGGUAUCAACAAAUGCAACCAAAUUAUAUGCCCCAACAAGGCUAUGGACAACAGCAAGGAUAUGGAAACUGGAACCAGGCUGGUUAUAUGGGUUGGGAACAGCAACAGCAAUACUGGUCCCAGCCACAGCAGCCAGACUACUCCAACUGGGAGCAACAAGCUCAAGCCUGGGCCGCACAACAGCAAGCACAGCAGGGCGGUUACCAACAAACCCAAAUGUACAAUGGUAACAAUAGUGGUAUGAAUUACGGUCAAAACAAUGGUACAGGUGGACAGUGAUACAUUCAGAAAUACCUGGGUGUUUUCACUUUGAAUAGGAGGCUAAUUUUGGCUAUACAAUAACACAGCUAAAUGCAGUCUGCGGAACACAGUUCAUGAAAUCGCAACCCAACGCAGCAUGACUGCUACCAUAGCAGUAUUGGUGGAUAUGGUAUAUGCUGCCUUGCAAAACUUGCACCUUAGCAGUAGGUACUUCAUAUUUUUUGUUUAAUUGUAACCGCACUCAACAAAUACCCAGAAUUUUAUUGGAAACGAUUGUCUUCCUUCCAGGUUAUCUAAUCAAACUUGACUUUGAACUAAAUAUUAAAGCCAUGCGUAGUGUAGACUGUACCUUAAUCGUUUAUGUAAAAAGUGUUUGCUAAUUUUUCACAAUGGACCAAACUACAAUAAUUUCAAUAUCAAGAUCAAAAUAAAUUCAUUUUUUAUAA